GACGUCACGGACAGCAACCGGACUAGAGACAAAAAAAAAAAAGAAAAAGAGAAAGAAUCAUAGCAGCAUCACCAUCAAAAGGAGGAAUAAAAAUGUCAGAUAACAUUUCAAAGGAGGUUGUUGGUAUGUUUGAUGGUUUGGUGAAAGCAUGAUUGAACCCGAGGCUUUGUCGAGGGUGCCACACAUCUAAAUGGAGUCGGAGCAGCUGUUUAACAGAGGCUACUGCAGGAACAGCUACAACAGCAUCACCAGCGCCAGCAGCGAUGAGGAGCUGCUCGAUGGCGCCGGCGUCAUCAUGGACUUCCACACCACAGAGGACGACAACCUGCUGGAUGGAGACGCUUCGCCAGGUGCGAGACUGUCACGAGUUCAUCUGUUCAGCUCCAACUACAACAUGUCUAACGGUGGGGGUGGAGCCGGAGGGGUGAGUAGCUCCACCCACCUCCUGGAUCUGUUGGAAGAGCCGAUUCCCGGAGUGGGCACCUACGACGACUUCCACACCAUCGACUGGGUCAGAGAGAAGUGUAAAGACCGCGAGCGACACCGCAAGAUUAACAGUAGGAAGAAGGAGUCAGCAUGGGAGUUCACAAAGAGCCUGUAUGACGCCUGGUCUGGGUGGCUGGUGGUGACAUUAACAGGGCUGGCUUCAGGUGCCUUGGCGGGUUUGAUAGACAUUGCUGCUGACUGGAUGAAUGACCUGAAGGAGGGGGUGUGUCUGAGUGCCCUGUGGUUUAACCACGAGCAGUGCUGCUGGGGCUCGAACGAGACCACGUUCGCCGAGAGAGACAAGUGUCCACAGUGGAACACGUGGGCCGAGCUCAUCCUGGGCCAGGCCGAGGGUCCUGGCUCCUACAUUAUGAACUACUUCAUGUACACCUACUGGGCUCUGACCUUUGCCUUCCUGGCGGUUAUUCUGGUCAAGGUGUUUGCCCCGUACGCCUGUGGCUCUGGGAUCCCUGAGAUUAAGACCAUCCUGAGCGGGUUUAUAAUCCGGGGCUACCUGGGCAAAUGGACACUGAUGAUAAAGACCAUUACUCUGGUGUUGGCCGUGGCCUCAGGACUCAGUCUAGGGAAAGAAGGCCCGCUGGUACACGUGGCCUGCUGCUGCGGCAACAUCUUCUCAUACCUCUUCCCCAAGUACAGCAAGAACGAGGCCAAGAAGCGAGAGGUGCUGUCUGCAGCAUCGGCGGCGGGUGUGUCCGUGGCGUUUGGAGCUCCUAUAGGAGGAGUUCUCUUCAGUCUCGAGGAGGUGAGUUAUUACUUCCCGCUGAAGACGCUGUGGCGGUCCUUUUUCGCCGCCCUGGUGGCGGCGUUCGUGCUUCGCUCCAUUAACCCGUUCGGAAAUAGCCGCCUGGUGCUGUUCUACGUGGAGUACCACACGCCUUGGUACCUGUUCGAGCUCUUCCCCUUCAUCCUGCUCGGCGUCUUCGGCGGUCUGUGGGGCGCCUUCUUCAUCCGAGCCAACAUCGCCUGGUGCCGCCGGCGCAAGUCCACACGCUUCGGUAAGUACCCAGUCCUGGAGGUCAUCACGGUGGCAGUCAUCACAGCCAUCGUGGCUUUUCCCAACCCGUACACGCGGCAGAACACGAGUCAGCUGAUCAAGGAGCUGUUCACGGACUGCGGGCCGCUGGAGUCGUCGCAGCUGUGCCAGUAUCGCAGCCAGAUGAACGGGAGCCAGGCGUAUCCGGAGGGCGCGGAGGCCACCACCACACCCGGGGUUUACUCCGCCAUGUGGCAGCUCAGCCUGGCGCUCAUCUUUAAGAUCAUCAUGACCAUCUUCACCUUUGGUUUGAAGGUUCCCUCUGGGUUGUUCAUCCCCAGCAUGGCGAUCGGGGCGAUAGCGGGUCGUAUUGUGGGCAUUGCCGUGGAGCAGCUCGCUUACCACCACCACGACUGGUUCCUGUUUAAGGAGUGGUGUGAGGUGGGGGCAGAUUGCAUCACUCCGGGUCUCUACGCCAUGGUAGGAGCUGCGGCUUGCUUGGGUGGCGUGACCCGGAUGACCGUGUCUCUGGUGGUCAUUGUGUUCGAGCUGACUGGCGGGUUGGAGUACAUCGUGCCCCUCAUGGCUGCAGUGAUGACCAGUAAGUGGGUGGGAGAUGCGUUCGGGCGCGAGGGCAUCUACGAAGCCCACAUCCGCCUCAAUGGCUACCCGUUCCUGGAUGCGAAAGAGGAAUUCACGCACACCACGACGGCUCGCGAGGUGAUGCGGCCGCGACGUAACGAGCCGCCGUUAGCCGUGCUAACUCAGGACGACCUGACGCUGGGAGAACUGCAGACCGUCAUCAGUGACACGAGCUUCAACGGCUUCCCCGUCAUCGUCUCCAAAGAGUCCCAGAGACUGGUGGGGUUCGCCCUGCGCAGGGACAUCACUAUAGCUAUCGAGAACGCACGGAGGAAGCAGGAAGGCAUCGUGCUAAACUCGCGUGUGUAUUUCACGCAGCAUGCCCCAACGCUUCCUGCAGACAGCCCACGUCCUCUGAAGCUGCGCAGCAUCCUGGACAUGAGUCCCUUCACCGUCACAGACCACACGCCCAUGGAGAUCGUCGUGGACAUUUUCCGCAAGCUUGGCCUGCGCCAGUGCCUCGUCACGCACAACGGGAUUGUAUUGGGCAUCAUCACUAAGAAGAAUAUUUUAGAGCAUCUGGAGGAGCUCAAGCAGCACACGGAGCCGCUGCGUCCACUGGGCAACAGAUCGCAGGAGUGUGAUCCGGCUCGUAGCGCCGCCUCAUGAAAGCUCGGCGAGUAACAGUCUGUGUAGCUGAGCACUUCUUCUCUGCCUGCUUUACUUUCCUCUUAUUUCUGUACACGUGUAUAACCCCCCUGAGUAGUGCUAGGAGUAGUCAGUAGUAAGGUGAGUUUGUCGCGUGGUGGUUUGUUCCUGGCUGUGUAGAAGAGUUACUGCAGCAGCACCCAGCCUCAAACCAACACGUCCUCCACUCCGGACACUCCAGUCCCUCCACUCCACCUCUUCUGACCGUCUGUGUCGAUUCACCAACAUUUCACGAUCGUAUUCAUGCUCCUCCUGCUCUGUGUCUACUAAUCCCUCUACGCCCAGUCCAGUCUCUCGUACAGAGCUAGCUACUUCCUGUCUGCUUUACAAAGUGACCCCCCCCCCCCCCCCCCCCCCCCGGGUUAAAAUGCAGUGCAACACACACACGUGGUUUUGUUUAUUCGCAGCGUGCACUGUGCAUCAGAUUUACUGAAGCUCUUUAGGCUGCUUUCACACCAGGUGUUUUUGCUUUAGCCAGCAGCACACGUUUUACACGUGAUACUACGGGAAGCUACUGCUUUUAACAGCGCUUAUGAUUUUGGCACAGUAACGAGCUCUUUAGAAGUCAAAAAACUAAAAUAAAAGUUUGACUUUGAAUUAAGAGACGUGCCGAGUGACGUCAAAGUGUUUUAUAAUCCCUCAACCAGUCAGGCUACAACUUGACUCAUCACUGGCUCCGUUUCCAUCCAAGUUAGGAAUUAAAAAAAAAAAAAAGAAGAUAAAAAAUCGUAAUAAACGUGUGCGAGUAAAACGCCACGCAUCUCGCUCGCCGCCAUUUUGACUUUUCUGAGCCGAUGAUCCAAUCAGAUGAUUUGUCGAGUCACAUGACUUUGUUUUGAUGCGCAUCGAGGAAUUUAUUCAGUAAACGUGUUUCCGUCGUGGCGUGCGCGCACAUCUUAUCGAAUACAAAAAAUAUCUGCCUCAACUGAGAGAAAUUUUCAUGCGCGUUUUGGAUAUUUUAUUCAUAUCUGGUGUUUCCAUCCGGUGUUUUGUUAUUUUUAUUUUUAUGUGAAAAUUUGCAUAAAAACGUGGAUUGAAACAGCUACUGAUCAUGUAGAAGUUUAAAGCCAGUAUAAUAGUAAUAAUAACAUUAGCAUAUUGGCAUUGCUUAUUAUAACUCGUUCACGAAGACUAAAUGUUUAAAAGAACGUAAUGUUUAUUUUUAAGUAAGGAAUCAAACGCACGGAUCUUAAAAGCGAGCGCCGUCUCCACCGCGAAGUUGAUUAUUAUCCAAUAACGGUUCCACAUGGUGUUUUAUUCCUUUUACACCACAGCACUGCUCCAACACUUGCAUUUCUUUAUUCAUUAAAGAACACCUUUUUAUCCAUUUAUAGUUCCAUUUAAUGUUGUGGAACAUCCGUGAGUCCAGUUACAGUCGUCCCCUCCGCAGCCGCUCUUAUUUUUUUCCCCAAAAACAAAACGCAUCGUGUCCUGGAGAAAGCGACUAAGCCCCAUCCUGAGGAUUUUUAAAGAACAUCCGAACAUUUUAAAGUUGCUGUUAAAAGCCUCGACACUGGAGACUCCGUCUAAAAAUGCCAAAUAAGCAUCUCGGGACAGAAAAGUUCACGACUUUUUAAAAAAAAAAAAAUCCAUCCAAGUCGCUGCAUACGUUAUUCCACAGAGUAUAAUCGAUUAGAACAAGUGCAUUUGUGUGAGCUUGGUCAGAGCUGCUGUUCUAGAAGAUUCUGAACAGCAAUGUAGUAUAAAUAAUAAUAAUAAUAAUAAUAGUAGUUAGUAGUAAUAAUACAGGCUAGCCAGCUGGUACUAGCUCGGCCUGUUGUUAUGGUUACAGCGCGAGGGUCACGUGAUAUCCUUAAAAACACCUCGUACACAAGCGGCCUAACGGAAGCACAUACAGUUACUUUUUGCCUUAUGCAAAACCAGUGACUGUGUGUGUGUGUGUGUGUGUUUGUACUGUAGCGUUGUCCAGUCACUCAGCAUCUUAGCAGAGCCGGACGUGCACGUAUCCAGCCGAACUUUGUUUUAGUAAAUGCGGCCUGAUAAAAGGGAGUCACUCUGGAUUCAGACAGUUCAGAACCGAUUCUGUUCCUCACAACGCUUUAGUUUCUCCCUCUCUUCCCUGUCACACCUCCACACGGACAGCUGUGGAACUCGAAGCCCGUUUCAUGAUGCAAUUCAAGAGCACAUUUUAUUUCCUUGUUAGUGAGACCUCAAACUUUGGAUGCAUUUGAUUUGCAUUAAUGCUUUAAUUCCACUUUAACACCAAACAUCACUAGCAGUUUUGUAUGUGCUUUUGAAUUCAGAUGAAGAUGCUGACCAGUGUUGCUCACCCGUGUGUGUGUGUGUGUGUGUGUGUGUGUGUGUGUGUGUGUGUGUGUGUGUGUGUGUGUGUGUGUGUGUGUGGGUUUACAUCAGUUUCUUGAGGCUGAAAUCACGGAUGCGUGGUGGUGUGUUCACUGUGCGCUCUGUCCCUCGUGUUUCAUUUCACCUCUCUGAUUCUCUCUAGGUGCUGCAGGUCACUGAUCAUCACUUUAACGUCUUCCUCUCAGCCCGUGUGUGUGUGUGUGUGUGUGUGUGUGUGUGUGUGUGUGUGUGUGUGUGUGUGUGUGUGUGUGGUGUUCUUUCUGUUGGCACUGUUCUACAGCACGAGUGUUUGAUUGGCUAGAAGAAUCCGAUUGAGACGUGAAAGGAAUAUAAAGAUGAAUACAUCUCCCUGCUGCCAACAGAAAGACCCACACUUGAUUGUUCCACACUUGCUUAAUUCUUAUCCGUGCGUCAUUCCUGAUCUUUUUUCCCCCUUUUCUUUCCUUUCUCUUUCCUUCUACGCAGGCGUCUCCUUGGUAUUAUCACAAAAAAAGAUAUCCUCCGUCACAUGGCCCAGAUGGCAAACCAGGAUCCCGAGUCCAUAAUGUUCAACUAGUGCCCUCUUACACCAGACGCGAGGGCGAGGAGAGCGAAGAGGAGGUCCGAUU